AUGGAUCGCAAUAAUAUAAUAGAGUGCGGCGGAUUUUACUUUAUACAUAAUUUUGACUCAGGGAAUUUAGGGCAUGUAGAACGAGUGCCCACAGAAUUCAUUGCUCCAACAUUAAAUCCGAAAACAAACGUUUCGGAGACUCCCGAUUAUGAGUUUAAUUUAUGGACUCGACCCGAUUGCGCUGGCACAGAAUUCGAGAAUGGCAAUCGUACCUGGUUUUAUUUUGGCAUACAAGCCAGUGAGCCUAAUGUACAGGUGCGGCUUAACUUGAUAAAUCUCAACAAACAAGGCAAGAUGUAUAACCAGGGCAUGGCUCCAGUGACACGGACUCUUCCAGGAAAGCCACAGUGGGAAAGGAUAAGGGAUCGUCCUGUGCAUUCAACAGAUGACAACACAUUCACACUGUCUUUCCGAUAUAGAACAUCAGAUAAUCCGAAAGCAACUACCUUCUUUGCAUUCACAUACCCAUUCUCAUUCGCCGAGCUGCAAAUAGCUCUGAACUCUAUUGAUCUUAAAAUGUUGCCAGUCCCGCCACCCCAAUCACCCGAUGACAUAUAUUACUGCAGAGAAUGUCUAAUAUAUUCAUUAGAAGGAAGGCGUGUAGAUUUAUUAACAAUUUCAUCCCACCAUGGCAUAACAACGGAGCGAGAGGACAGGUUAAAGAAUUUGUUCCCAGAAAAUCAGGAGAGGCCUUUCAAAUUUCAAAAUAAGAAGGUCAUAUUUAUAUCUGCUCGUGUGCAUCCAGGGGAAACUCCAUCAAGCUUUGUGUUCAACGGAUUCCUAAACUUACUAUUGACCAGGAAUGAUCCGAUUGCAAUCCAAUUGAGGAAACUCUAUGUGUUCAAAAUGAUUCCAUUUUUAAACCCAGAUGGUGUUGCCAGGGGUCAUUACAGAACUGACACAAGGGGGGUUAAUUUAAACAGGGUGUAUUUGAAUCCAUCACUUCUCUACCAUCCUACUGUGUAUGCGUCAAGGUCUCUUAUAAGAUAUCACCACUUUGGAUUCGAGAAAGAGGAAGAUAAUUGUGAGGAUAUUAAGAGCUUUGCAUCCCGCAGCAUACAGAAUAUCAGUGAAAGUGUUGAGCUGGUUGAAACAAAGAAGAAGAAAGCCCCUCGGUCACCAAACAUCAAGGGUGACUUCAAGCGUGAUAAGGCCAAGACACAAGCAUCAAAACCAUCGGCUCUGUACUCCGAGGACCACAGUAGGGAUGAGUUCAGUGGAGACGCUGCCAACUUAGCAGAUCAGGUCCUCGACAUGAAGCUGCAGGAGAUGCCCUCACAAACAGACAAUAUAUCGUCGAAUCCAUCCAACGCUAACUUAGAUGAGAGCUCAUCUCUCCUCAACGAUAACGUACUGCGGUCGUGUCUGGGGUCUAACGUUCACCUCAGCACGAGCGAGGAGCUCAAUAUAAACGGCCUCAACCCUCUCAAGCCGCUGAGAGAUACAUUGAAGAACAGCAUCAGUCUACUCAUGGAGUCUAGUUCGUCCGUCGUCGGUGAGAGUAUGACUCCGGAACUUCCUGUAGUGAAGAUGGGAUACUGUAAAGUGUGUCGAAGGGAUAGGGACUCGAUGAUGUCUGAGCUGCCAUCGUAUAGAAAUAUCGAGGAGUACGGAGAACAUCAGAGACAAAAAAUUGAUACUAAGGAACAAAAGGUCGACGACCUUGAAGUUCUUGAAGGUUCGGUGAAUGUAUUCUUCUGUACGAACUGCUUCAAACGAUAUAUUGUGACGGAUGGUAACGAGGAAAUUGCUACCGCUACGUCUUCAGGUGACUGUGUGGAGGGCCCCCCUCUAUCUCCUAGGCCUCAGCCCCCGGAGCGCCCUCAGCCGCGAUCCCCCGCCGGAAGUACAGGAGACUCGUUACCGCCAGUGACAAUCCGUAAGGUCGACAAACCGAAGUCAGCUCCGAAGUCGUCUAAGAAAAGGCCCCCGGCCGUGACCGCAGCCCCCGCCCCCUCCCCCGCCGCUGCGCCCGCCUUGAGACAGCACAAGGACGUGGAGUCCGGACUAUAUCUAUAUAUAGAUCUACACGGACACGCCUCUAAGAAAGGUAUUUUCAUGUACGGCAACCACUUCGAAGACUUGGAGAGUUCAGUGGAGUGCAUGUUGCUGCCUCGCAUCAUGUCCCUCAACAACCUGCACUUUCACUUCUCAUCUUGUAACUUCACUGAGAGGAAUAUGUAUCUCAAGGAUCGUCGUGACGGCAUGUCCCGCGAGGGCUCUGGUCGCGUGGCUGUGUUGAAAGCCACGGGCCUGGUCCGCUCGUACACGCUGGAGUGUAACUACAACACGGGCCGGCUGGUCAACGUACUGCCGCCGCCCUGCCGCGAGCCAGCCGUCACCACGCAGCCCGCACCCCCGCCACCCAAGUACACGCCGCACAUCUUUGAGGAGGUAAACCCGUUCCAGGUGGGGCGAUCUCUGGGAGCGUCAAUACUGGAUUUGACGGGACAGCAUCCGAACUCACGGAUACCUUGCUCUGAACAUCGAAACCUGGCGGCUGUGAGGGACUGGCUUAGAACACACUCGAGAACCGCGCGACCACAGUUGACUAUGUCGAGACUGCGACCGAAGACAUCCUCACCGACGAGGAUGCCGUUGUUCGCGCGCUCCAAAGCUAAGGUGACGGAUGAAAGGAAGGAAAACGCGUACGUAGCGGCCAAAAGCGACACAGAGAGACGCCGCAGUCCGCCCAUACUAGCACCGCGCUCAGGGCUCGACCUCACCAACAACACCAAGUUCGGCAAGAAGAACGAACCGGCGAAAUCAUCGUCACGAACACGCUACCUAGCAGACAGCGAGCCCAAACCUAAAACACUAUCCACCAAGAGACGCAACGUACUCGCCAUACGGAAACCAAACACUAGCAAGACGCAGAUGAGCGGGAUUGUAAAGGCGAAAACGAACAGACGAGCAGCAGACGAUUCUGACGAACGAGCGACGUCCGCCAAGCUCGGGAAGAGAGGAUACGUCCGGCCAGGGAGGGCGAGGAGGCAGCCCACCUCCACCUCCUCAUCAGAAGCCGCGGGAGGGUCCAGCUCGUGGGAGGCGGGAGGCUCGCACGAGACAGCCCUCGCCGCUAAGAGGCGCCAGUACCCGAACCCCGCGCCCUCACACCUCAAGAAGAUACGCCUCAAGAACGGAUUUAGUGACGAUAGAAUUCAUUAUAUAACACGUCUGGGGAUUUUUUUUUAA